GGAGACGGAAGUCACAGUCCAGUGUCUGUCCUGCGUUGUAUUCUGUGAACACGACCCGUAAGAGUAUUCAGAAUACACUGAGGAAAGGCGGGAGGUUAUUCGAGGCCACGUUACCCGCACCCUCUAGCGCGUCGUCUGGGUUGAUACCGGAAUUGGAGUCCAAUGAAGGGGACAGCGACAUCCCACAGCUCGAUUCAGUGCCCUCGGACCUGGACAGUAGAAUCGAACUGCACCCCGAUCCUAUAAUUAUGGCUUCGCGGAGCCGGAGUACCGAGUUUUAUGGCACGGACUCCGAGAGUUUUGGCGGGAAAGGGCUGCCUUCAACUGGGCGGAUGUGUGCCGAGGAACACAAUUCAGGACCGUUGGACAUGGACUUCUCAUCCCAAGCGCUAGGACAAAGUACAGACACACACGCACACACACACACAUACACACAUGCAUUAGCACACACACACCCUCUGUCGUUUGCGCGGGUGAAAUCGUUCAGCAGCAAACCCACCGUUGUGCCGGAACGGGUGAAGAGUUGGGACGAUUUAGAGUACGAUGAUCCGCCUGAGAGAGAGACUAUGUUUGAAUUCGGAUGGAAUGCGGGGUAUAUGAAUGCCGCAGAUCUGGAGUACGAUCACUACGCAUCGCCCUAUGGGAGCGCAGGGAAUUCGCGCGCGAUGUCCUUCUCGUCCAAUCAAACGGGAGAGGAUGCAAGUCUGGAUUUGACCACGGGCAAUGUUGGAGACACUCCCAGGAUAGCCAUCGACGAACACUUUGAGUACACAGGCACAGAUGCAGACCACAGUAACCAUUGCAACGAACCAUCCACAUCAAGCCCGUACCUUGUCCAACACGACUGCGACCACGCGUACGGCAGCCAGGACACAGGGGCACAGACAUACGCACAAGCACACGUACGGGCACAAGCACACUCCAGACGAACUGCGAUAAAGCACCCCCCCACAUACAUACACGCACACGAACACACUCUCACACCCCACGCCAGCCCUAUCAACCUCACCCGGACGAAUAGGAAGGCCAAGAAGAUACUCAGGGCCAGUACAUUAGAUAGCAACGCCCGUCGGGCCCUGUCAAGCGCAGCCAAUGCGAAGGGUGUGCCUGGCACACCGCAGAACCGCCUCAUCCCACAGACACGCACAGUCCACACCACACACAGCGAAGGCUCGGAUGUCUUUGACGACAUGCAGGCGGCAAGGGCCGAAUGGGCUGCUAUCGAUUCACCAACGGGUGUUGUUCUAGACGACCACACGAGUACGUUUGCGGACGCAAUGAACAAUAACCUGUACUCAGGUAGACUCAGCGGAUCGGACUCACAAAGCAGCUUCAGCGAAACCGCCAGCUUGAACAGUGCCUUUAGCAACUUGAACAUCCAGGCGGUGACAGGAGAACUCAACGCCUUCAACCAACACUACAAUUCACUACUGGAGCUCAUGGAGCUAGUCGAAGUGGUGGAUAAGAAAAUACGACAAUUCAUCGAUGUUCUAAAUGAACAGACUUUCCAGGACGUCACCCACAUCACAUGCCACACAUGGCCGCCGUCCACCGCAC